GAGCAGCGCGUGGGCAGGUCCUUGUUUGCAGUCAUGCGGGCGGUGCGGGUUUUGCGGGUGUUGUGGACGCUGAGCAUCGCGGCCUGGACUCUCUCUGCACUUCUCCCAGGUGUUCGUGUGAGCACCCAGGAGCCUCUGCGCUGUCGGGUUGGCUUCAUUCCGUGUAAAGAUGGUUCUGAGUGUGUGCUUCACAGCCAUGUGUGUGAUGGAGAGAAGGACUGUCCUGAUGGCUCUGAUGAAGAGGCGUGUUCCUCCGUGUGCACUGUUGGUCAGUUCCAGUGUGCUCAUGGGAAGAUGUGUAUCGAGAAGAAGCAGUUGUGUGAUGGUGUAGCACAGUGCCAGGACAGAUCAGAUGAGGUAGACUGUUUUAACCCAGAGGAGGGCUGCUUUCACCGCUGCGACAAAAAACGCUGCCUUUCUGAAUCGUUUAUCUGUGACGGAGAAGCUGACUGCGAAGACGGCAGUGAUGAAGCUGACUGUGGCGACGGGCGCUGCAGCAGUGGUGAAUUCCAGUGCAGUAACGGUCAAUGUGUGUCCAUCAACAUGCGUUGUGACAGUUAUCCAGACUGCCAAGAUCACUCGGAUGAGGAUGGGUGUGUGUCACAGGCGGAGUGUGCUGCUGAUCAGCUUCAUUGCCUAGACAAUCAGCAGUGUGUGCUGCAGGAGUGGAUCUGUGAUGGCGAGAACGACUGCAAGGACAUGUCCGAUGAACAGAACUGUACAGAGUCUUCGGUGGAGUGUGGAGCAUUUCAGUGGCCGUGUGCGUCUCAGACUCUGUGUGUUCCUCAGAGCUGGCGCUGCGAUGGCACCAAAGACUGCAGAGACGAGAGCGAUGAGGCCGGAUGUGAGCCUGUAUCUUGCCCCCCUGAUCAGUUCCAGUGCGACAGUUUGGAGUGUUUGGACCCCUCACUCCUCUGUAAUGGUGACUCUGACUGUGCAGACAAAUCAGAUGAGGGAGGAGCCUGCAUGAGUGACGCAUGUUCUGACCAAUCGCAAUGUGCACAGGACUGCUACAGCACGCCCAAAGGAACACGCUGCUGGUGCAGGAAAGGUUACGAGCCGGUAGACGGUGGGGUGAAGUGUGUGGAUGUGGAUGAGUGUGUGAAGACCCCAGAUGUGUGUGAUCACUCCUGUAUGAACUCGGGUGGCUCGUAUGAGUGCUCCUGUAAUCGGGGUUAUAUCCUGGAGCCUGAUGGACACAGCUGUAAGAUUACAGAUGAGGGAUACCUGUUAGCCUCUAUAGAGUCAGACAUCUUCCUUGUCAAUCUCAGGAGCACCACCCUCAAAGUUCUCUCCUCUGAGAAGCAACCUAUCCUUUCUCUGGAUUACGACUGGAAGGAGCAGAAAGUGUACUGGAUAAACAUGGAUGCUGAGGCUGUGAUGUGGACUACACUAGACCAGAAUAGCAGAGGAACGCUAAUCCAAGGCGUCAGGACGGAGUGUGUAGCAGUGGAUUGGGUGGGGCGGAACCUGUACUGGACAGACAGAGCAGAAAGACAAAUAAAUGCAGUGUGCUUGGACGGUUAUAGGGCAGAGCCUGUGGUCAUUGUGGACGACGAUGUAGACGAACUGCGUUCACUGGCCUUGCUACCUCAAAAAGGUGUGAUGUUCUGGUCAGAAACGGGUGAUGAGGCUCAGAUUGAGAGAGCAGGGAUGGAUGGCUCAAACAGACGAGUGUUGGUGCGUCGCUCUCUGCACUGGCCUGUUGGUUUAGCAGUGGAUCUGCUUCAGAGCCGGCUCUACUGGGCUGAUGAGAAACUGCCCUGUAUCGGAUCAGCCACACUGGAUGGAGAUGAUGUUAAAAUCCUGCAGCUGGAGACUCAGAGUCCAUUUUCAUUAUCAGUGCUUGGAAAUUUGGUCUACUGGUCUGACAAACACAGAGGAACCAUCCAGAAAGCUCAGAAGAUGACAGGAAAGCAGCAAGUGGUUCUGCUCAAACGGCUCGGCCAACCAUUGAGUCUCAAGGUGCUUCAUGCCUUACUGCAGCCGAGUGUUGAGAACCCAUGUGAAUUAAAGCCCUGCUCUCACCUGUGUGUCUUGGCAUCUGGACUGAACGCAGUCUGCAAAUGCCCACUUCAACUCCUGCUGAAUGAUGAUGGACUGACGUGUUCCAAGCUAGAUGACCCCUUCCUUCUGCUCAUGUCCCCCACUUCAAUAUUACGGGUCUCUGUACAAAGCAGAACUUCAGGCAUUGGUCUUCAUGACUGGCCGGAGCAUCAGAGAUUUGAUCUCCCUGAAGUGAAGGUAGCUACAGCUUUUGACCUGGUCCCGAGGGAACAGGUGCUCUACAUUUGGGAUGCAACCACUGGUGCCAUGGGCCUGUUUAAACUGAAGGAGGCAGGUGUAACAUGGCAUGGGACGCUGUUUAAACUGAGGAAGGGUUCAAUAGCAGCACUGGCUGUUGAUUACAGCACACUGAAUGUGUUCUGGAGCUCCACAGAUCAACCUGGUGUGUACGUGACUUCAGCAAAUGGAAUACACACUGCCCUGAUCAUUGACAAAGGCAGGGUGCAGGCCAUCGCUCUGCACCCUCCGACAGGGCGGCUGUGUUUCAGUAAUGCUGAGCUGCAAGGAACAGGAACUCGUCUGGAGUGCACCUACAUGGAUGGAGGGAACCACACUGUGGUUUGGGACGGAGCCAUUAAUCCGGUCUCACUGAGCCUCUCGAAUGAUGGGACCAUGCUUUACUGGGCCGACACUAGUCUGGGACUCCUCACCUCAGUUAGAAUUGAUGGAUCUGAACAUAAGGUCUUGACAAGUGAGGAGCCUGUAGUGGCGUUCACAUUAGCCAACAGUAUCCUUGUCUGGCUCACAAAGACUGAUUCCAUAAAGUGCUGGUUCAGUGAGGAUCAUCAGACAGCGAAGAUGUGGUUUAAGGUGAAAACGGACGUGCUGGACAUAAAGGCUUUCCAUAAACCCAGUCAGAACGGCACUAAUUUGUGCUCCAGUGGAAAUGGUGGCUGCAGUCAGCUGUGCUUGGCCUUUCCGGGUGGAAGGACAUGCCGCUGUGGGCGGGGUUUUCUCCCCACUGAUGAAAUGGGCUGCAGCAUUGACCCACGAUGCCCAUCGGGCACCAAGCCGUGUCUCCGUGGAGAAGAAUGUGUACCCCUAGAGAAGUUCUGCAAUGGUGAUCCAGACUGUGCUGACGACUCAGACGAGAUCUGUGAGGAAAUGAGUGUCCAAGACCAAGCUAAAUCUGCUGAGGGUGUUGCUCCAAAAGUUCGUCCCAGCUCUAAAGCUCCACUUCCACCACGGCCAAGAGCUUCUGCUGGCCCUGGUUUAGUGAAGAAAAUCAGCACCAGCAUUGGCUUGUCUCCAAAAUCCUUCCAUCCAUCUGUUCCUGAAGUAGUGGACAGUCCUACGUCUCUCAGGCCUGACCCGAGUGACGUUAAGGUGGAAAGUGUGGACUCUGAAACGUGUGGGGCGAGGCAGUGUAACGGGAACGGCGAGUGUGUGUUGGAUGGACAGAUGACGUGCAAAUGUGCGUUGGGUUACGGAGGAGAGCACUGUGAGCAUGAGGUCGGAGGGAUCAUGCAGGGGCCGGUCAUCUACGCCACCUUGGGAUUGGCUGUCGGAGUCAUUGUCCUUGGACUCAUCGUUGGGAUUAUACAGAAGAAGAAGGCUGCAAAUCGGAGGCAAGCAAGACCGAUCGUAAGGGAAACCAGUUUGAGGGAUCUGUCAAACAGACCCCAGGCCACACCCACACAACAGAACAGCAAAUUGACAGAUCCCGAGAACCCAGAGCCACAGGUUGUGAUGUCAUCAGGGGAUUAGGUCAUGUCAAGCUUCCUGUGCAGCAUCUUUUCACAAAAUAGUUGCUGCUGUUUGAGCACUGCUUCGAAGUUUAUUUGAAGUGUUCAUGCUAGUUUGCCUGAACUGUAGGUUCUGACAGAUUUGCUUAUGUACUUUACAAUCUUGUACAGAGUGAUUUAAGAAAAAAAAUAAACACUUUACUACAAA